CAGAGGGGCGGGCGCUGGCGUCGGGGCGGCCGGUAGGAGCCGCCUGCAGGGAGCCGCGCUGCCCCGCCGGGCUAUGCCCGCUCCGCAGGGCCAGCCCCGGAGCUGUUGAGCGGGCAGGAUGGAGUCGCGGUGGCGGAGCCGUAGCUUGGCUGCCGGCUGCCUGGUGCUGCUGCUGGGGUGCUGGGGGCCGGAGGAGGCGGUGGCGGCGGCUUGCCACGGAUGUACACCUUUAUCCAAAUGUGAUUGCAGCGGAGUAAAAGGUGAAAAGGGUGAAAGGGGAUUCCCAGGCUUGGAAGGACAGCCAGGUUUGCCUGGCUUUCCAGGACCAGAGGGACCUCCUGGUCCAAGAGGCUCAAAGGGUGAUGAUGGACUUCCAGGGCCUAUUGGACCCAAAGGAAUCAGAGGACCACCAGGGCUUCCAGGAUUUCCAGGAACACCAGGGCUUCCUGGAUUACCAGGGCAAGAUGGGCCACCAGGACCUCAGGGUAUCCCAGGAUGCAAUGGAACAAAGGGAGAGCGUGGAUUCCCAGGCAGUCCAGGUUUUCCUGGUUUACAAGGGCCUCCUGGACCCCCUGGUCUGCCAGGUAUGAAGGGUGAAGCAGGUGAAAUAAUUACAUCCUUCCUGCCAGGACAGAAGGGCGACCCCGGAUUUCCAGGUCUUCCAGGGAUACCUGGCCCACCUGGCGCCAUGGGAAUACCAGGUCCAAUUGGCCCUCCAGGGCCCCCAGGUUUGACAGGACCUCCUGGUCCACCAGGGCUGCCAGGACCUAAGGGUAAUAUGGGUUUGAAUUUCCAAGGACCCAAAGGUGAAAAAGGUGAACAAGGUCUUCAGGGACCUCCAGGGCCACCAGGACAAAUUGGAGAACAGAAGAGACCAAAUGACAUUGAGUUUCAGAAAGGAGAUCAGGGUAUUCCAGGUGAUCCAGGCCCACCAGGACUUCCUGGGCCACAAGGCCCUCCUGGUCUUCCCGGUGGCGUAAAAGGUGAAAAAGGUGAGCAAGGAGAACCAGGCAAAAGAGGAAAGCCUGGCAAAGAUGGAGAGCCUGGUCAGCCUGGUAGGGAUGGUUUACCUGGUGGGCCUGGAAUAAACGGUGCUCCAGGAAGAGAGGGUGAAAAGGGUGAAAAAGGUGACAUCGGUCCCCCUGGUCCUCCUGGAAUUGUCAUUUCAAGACCAGGCAUUGAUGCAGCAGUGGGACCAAAAGGCAGCAAAGGAUUGCCAGGACUGCCGGGAGCCAAAGGGGAGCGUGGAUUCUCUGGUAGGCCAGGCCCACCUGGCUUGCCAGGUUCUCCAGGGAUCACUACUGUUGGACCUCCUGGCCCACCUGGCUUACCUGGUGAGAGAGGUCAGAAGGGAGAUCCAGGUUUACCUGGUGUUUCUAUUCCGGGGCAACCAGGACUUGAUGGACCACGAGGACCUCCAGGACCACCAGGUCCUCCAGGGCCACCUGCACCAUCUGUUCCUCCUGGUGAAGGGUUAUGUGAGCAGGGGCCACCAGGUCCUCCAGGAAUUCCAGGACAACAAGGCUUUACAGGGGAGCGAGGCCAAAAAGGUGAUCAAGGAGACACAUGCUUCAAUUGCAUAGGAGCUGGUGUAACUGGGCCUCCUGGGGAGAGAGGACCACCAGGACCUCCAGGUAGUCCAGGUUCUCCUGGUUUUCCUGGACCAAAAGGUGAAAAGGGGCUUCCUGGAUUAACUGGCCUUGUAGGGCCACCAGGAUUCCCAGGGUCCCCAGGUGCUCCUGGGAGACCUGGUCCUAAAGGAGACCCAGGGGAUGUCCUGACUUCUCCAAGAAUGAAAGGUGACAAAGGAGACCCCGGCUUCCCAGGACCUCCAGGUCUUCCAGGCAUAGAUGGCACUCCUGGGCGAGAUGGACUGCCAGGUCUACCUGGCCCUAAGGGGGAACCUGGCAGUGUUGCAUUCAAAGGAGAAAUGGGUAUUCCAGGUGAUCCAGGAAUACCAGGUCCUCCUGGAGACAAAGGACUUCCUGGACCUCCUGGUUUUGGUCCACAAGGUUCACCUGGUGAAAAGGGCAUCCAAGGUGUUUCAGGCCGUCCCGGGCCUCCUGGGGUUCCUGGUCCAAAAGGUGACCCUGGCCAGACUAUUACAGAACCAGGAGUUCCAGGCCCUCCUGGUCCUCCAGGAAGAAAUGGUGACCCAGGUCUUCCAGGAGAUCCUGGUCAGCCAGGUCAGCGUGGCUUAUCAGGCAUCCCAGGUGCAAAGGGAGAGCCAGGUAUUCCUGGCAUUGGGCUUCCAGGUCCACCAGGCCCAAAAGGUUUCCCAGGGACUCCAGGCCCCCCCGGAGCUCCAGGAACUCCAGGUCGCCCUGGUCUAGAUGGACCUCCUGGACCACCUGGUUUCCCAGGACAGAAGGGGGAUCGUGGAUUUGGAGUUCCAGGACCACCUGGACCCCCAGGACCACCAGGCACAAAGGGAGUUCAAGGGCCCAAAGGUGAUCCUGGCUUCCCAGGAAACCCUGGUCUCCCAGGACGGGCAGGUUUUGAUGGAACUCCAGGGCCCAAAGGUGAACCUGGACCAAGUGGACCACCAGGACUCCCAGGCCCACCAGGCAUCCCUGGCAUUGGUGGUCAAGGUCCACCUGGAUCUCCAGGACCUCCAGGUCCUGUUGGCCCCCCAGGGUUGCAGGGCAUUCCAGGGGAGAAAGGGGAUCCAGGUCCUCCAGGCUUCGACGUUCCUGGUCCCCCAGGUGACCAAGGAGCCCCAGGAUAUCCAGGACCCCCUGGUCUCCCAGGGCCUCAGGGUUCACCUGGACCACCUGGCCGGGAUGGCGUACCUGGAUUUCCAGGUGCCAAAGGUGAGAUGGGCGUCAUGGGAACUCCUGGUCCUCCAGGGCCUCCAGGAACUCCUGGAAGAAAUGGCCUGCCUGGCUUGAAAGGUAAUAAUGGAUUACCUGGUCCGCCAGGGCCUCCUGGACCAGUAGGACAGAAAGGCAUCAAAGGUGAAGCAGGCCUGCCAGGUCCACCUGGAAAACUUGAUCCGAAACAGCUAGGAGCUAAAGGAGAAAAAGGCGAGCCAGGUGUUCCAGGUAUUCCUGGUUUAUCAGGACAGAAGGGUUAUCAAGGUCUCCCAGGUGACCCAGGCCCACCAGGACUUAGUGGCCCACCAGGUGUGCCAGGAUUGCCAGGUAUCAAGGGAGAUAUGGGGCUUCCUGGGCAGCCAGGACCAACAGGACCUCCAGGGUUAAAAGGUACCAUGGGAGAGAUGGGCCUACCAGGUCCCCCAGGGAUUAAAGGCAGCCAAGGAACAGCAGGACAUCCAGGGCAACCUGGGCCUACAGGAUUUCCUGGACUGAAAGGGGAGAAAGGUGACCCUGGUCUUUCAAGCAUCGGUAUUCCUGGUCUCCCUGGACCAAAGGGUGAUCUUGGUUUGCCUGGGUACCCAGGUAGUCCAGGCAGUAAAGGUAUUGCUGGAAAUCCUGGUUUACCUGGAUUUCCAGGCAGCCCAGGUGCAAAAGGAGAACCAGGCCUUCCUGGAUUCCCAGGAACACCCGGAAUUCCAGGACCGAAAGGUAUCGAGGGGCCUCCAGGUAAUCCUGGCCUGCCUGGACCACCUGGGCCAGUAGGUGAAACUGGUCGUCCUGGCCCUCCUGGUCCUUCAGGGGAGAAGGGACAGCCUGGUCGAGAUGGUAUCCCUGGACCAGCUGGUCAGAAGGGUGAACCAGGUCUACCAGGUUUUGGGCGCCCAGGACCUCCAGGACUCCCAGGAUUGUCAGGGCAGAAAGGAGAACUGGGGUUACCUGGCCCACCAGGGCCCCCUGGACUUCCAGGUCUGAAGGGAGAACCAGGUUUCCAGGGAUUCCCUGGUCUACAGGGUCCACCAGGUCCACCAGGAUUACCAGGGCCACCUCUGGAAGGUCCUAAAGGUAGCCCUGGCCCACCAGGUGUUCCAGGAAGGCCAGGUCCACCAGGCCCAGAAGGUCCACGAGGACCACCAGGCAGUGGAGGACUUAAAGGGGAAAAAGGGAACCCAGGUCCACCUGGCCCACCUGGCCUGACUGGCCAAAAGGGAGACCAAGGACCACCUGGACGCCAGGGGGAUCCUGGCCGUCCAGGUCUGAAUGGAAUGAAGGGCGACCCCGGGGUUCCAGGCGUUCCAGGAUUCCCAGGUAUGAAGGGUCCCAGUGGACCUGCGGGACCCGCUGGCCUCACAGGCAGCCAAGGACUGCCAGGCCCACCAGGUCCGCCAGGUUUACCCGGUACCAUUGGACGAAGCAUAGUUGUCAAAGGUGACCCUGGUCCCCCGGGUCCUCCAGGACAGCCUGGGUCGAAAGGGCCACCUGGACUGCCAGGGCCACAGGGAUUGCCAGGUCCAAUUGGUCUUCCUGGUGACCCAGGGCGAGAUGGACUACCUGGUUUUGAUGGUCCAGCAGGACGUAAAGGAGAGAGAGGUCUUCCAGGCCAGCCAGGUUCACGAGGAAUACAGGGACCUCCUGGUCCUGAUGGCUUACAAGGCCCACCUGGACCUCCUGGAACAGCUUCUGUUGCUCAUGGAUUCCUUAUAACUCGGCACAGCCAGACCAGGGAUACACCACUGUGUCCGCAAGGAACAUCAAGAAUAUAUGAUGGAUUCUCUCUUCUGUAUGUGCAAGGAAAUGAGAGAGCACACGGCCAAGAUUUGGGUACUGCUGGGAGCUGUCUCAGACGUUUCAGCACCAUGCCCUUCAUGUUCUGCAACAUCAACAACGUUUGUAAUUUUGCAUCAAGGAAUGACUAUUCCUACUGGCUGUCAACUCCGGAGCCAAUGCCGAUGAGCAUGGAGCCACUGACUGGGCAGAGCAUCCAGCCAUUCAUCAGCCGAUGCGUUGUGUGCGAAGCUCCUGCGAUGGUGAUAGCUGUUCACAGUCAGACCAUUCAGAUUCCCUCCUGUCCGCCAGGCUGGGACUCCCUUUGGAUCGGUUACUCUUUCAUGAUGCACACUAGUGCUGGAGCAGAAGGCUCUGGACAGGCCUUGGCAUCGCCUGGAUCCUGUUUAGAAGAAUUCCGCUCGGCUCCGUUUAUUGAAUGCCAUGGUCGUGGCACUUGUAAUUACUAUGCCAAUUCAUAUAGUUUCUGGCUGGCAACUGUAGAGGUGUCAGAAAUGUUCAGUAAACCUCAGUCAGAGACACUGAAAGCUGGAGACUUGAGGACGCGUAUUAGUCGUUGUCAAGUUUGCAUGAAGAAGACGUAACGUCUUGGAGAAUGUUUUAUAAAACAGUUGAAAAUUCCUAAGAUGCACUGUCUUCCAGCUGCAACAAUGGUGCUACUGUGCAGAAAGAAAAGAAAAACCACAUCCAAACUGUUUUAACCAUGCAAAUUCCAGUGUACCUCACUCGUGUGCCAAACUAAGGGUUGUUCGGUACAUAUUUGACAACAGGACUAAGAUGAAAGGAUUGACCUCUUGGAAACAGAAAAGAACACCUGAGGUUCACAAAGGAUCAGAAGAUGAAAUUUUUCAUUUCUCUCCCUGUACCAAAAUGGCACCUUUUUGAAUCAACCAAGAGAAUAAAGAAAAACAUGACGCACUGAGUAUGUUUAAAAUAACAAGACUGCAGUUUUGAAAAACAUUUUUCAUGGUGCUACUAACCCUACUGUAUCCCAGGUUUUUAAUAUGAAAUUUUAAGCUUAUUUCUCUUUGUAAGUAAUGAAAUGUGUAUAUUGUGUAAACACCUUUUUAGUUUAAACUUCCAGUUAGAAACAAACCAGACUGAUAUAAAAAUUCUUAUGUCUAAAAUUGAAAGAUACGGCCGUAUUUUAUUAUGAAACUUGUGGUACAGAGAGAAUUUACCCCUCUCACGCCAAUUUACUCAUUUAAUAUUUCAUUUCCUUCCUCAGUUGCCAACCCGAUAUAUUGGGGGAAUGCACAAUUAUUCUGAAGUCAUUUUGAUCAGGGUUUUAAAUGUUGUACACCAUGCUAUCAGUGGUUUUAUUUGUGCUUAGAAAUCCCAAUCCAUUUGAAAAGGGGUUUUUUGUAUCUUGUGAAAAUAUGUGAAAUUAUUAGCCAUAUUCUAUAUCCUUCUUUUCUGAAUAAAAGUCACGUUCACAUUUUA